GAAUAGAAGUUUUGGGUGCGCUGCUCCGCUUGUACGGUUCUUCACGUCACCGAACGUCCGGUCGUCCAGUGCGCCGAGGGCAUAAUCGGUAAUCAAAUGACAGUCACGUGACGUUCUCCGCUAUCUCUCCUCUCUCUGCCCAGUCUGGUUCCGUUCACCUACUAGUCCUAUCCAAUUGUCUUGAGCAGAUUUUCCUUCGUCCAGAAGAUUAUAUAUUUCAUACGCCCAACAACCUUCGUCGGGAUUCUCACAGACGGCCGUUCGUGACGGCGGAGGCAGGCUGUAAUCAUCGUCGGAGCACAGCCACACUGUGCGAAGCAUGGGAAAGAGGAGAUGGUUAAUGCUGGCUACUUGUUUAUGUCUGAUAACCUUUUCGGAUGGGAGAGAACUCAAGGCGAAGCAUGUAAAUCCGUAUUCACUGUACAACCAUACACUUGCUACAAUAUUAGUGCAAUAUGCUUCUGCGGUUUACUUGACAGAUUUAACAGAACUUUUUACUUGGACAUGCUCUAGGUGCGAUGGUUUGACCAAGGGAUUUGAAAUUAUAGAGUUGGUUGUUGAUGUUCAACAUUGCUUACAGGGGUUCGUUGGCAUUGCAAAGGAUCCCGAUGCCAUUAUCAUUGCAUUCAGAGGAACACAGGAAAGCAGCAUACAGAACUGGAUUGAAGAUUUAUUUUGGAAGCAGCUUGAUAUAGAUUAUCCUGGCAUGUCUGAUGCAAUGGUACAUCGUGGAUUCUAUUAUGCAUACCACAAUACGACAUUGCGACCUGCAAUUUUAAAUGCUCUAGAAAGAGCAAAAAAGGUUUACGGAGAUACUAAAAUUAUAGUUACGGGGCACUCUAUGGGUGGAGCAAUGGCUUCUUUUUGUGGACUUGAUUUAGUGGUCAAUCAAAAUGCCCAGGACGUACAGGUUAUGACAUUUGGACAGCCCCGUGUGGGCAACGCUGCUUUUGCAUCUUACUAUAACAAGCUUGUACCCAAUACAAUCCGAGUCACAAAUAGCCAUGAUAUGGUUCCACACUUGCCUCCAUACUAUUAUUAUUUCCCCAGGAAGACAUAUCACCACUUCCCGAGAGAGGUGUGGCUUCAUAACGUUGGAUUAGGAAGUCUUGUUUACAGAAUCGAGAAGAUUUGCGAUGGAUCUGGAGAGGAUCCAUCUUGUAGCAGGUCAGUGAGUGGGAAUAGUAUCUUAGACCACUUAGAAUAUUAUGGUAUUCAAAUGGGUUCUGGAGAGCCAGGGACCUGCAGGAUUGUGAUGGGUCCUCAAGCUUCGGAUAAUAGCAUCAGAGAUUCAAAUGGAAACAUCUUCUUGUCUAGAGAUCCUGCUUCUCCCCUUCAAGAAUUGAGUUUUGAGUUUGAUAAUCAGGGAAAGCGGAUUAGUGUUGAAUGAAUCAAUUGUUGGAGGAAGUAAUUCUGAUUUAUUCGUUCGGCUCCGUCCCCCCCUCCCCCCCCC